AUGUAUACGCUUAGGACUGCUGUAUGUCCGCCUCCACCACCUAUGCCUGAAAUGGGAAGCAAACUACCGCCGCCGCCACCUCCUCUUCCUGGCGGUGGUGGCCCACCUCCACCACCACCUAUGUCUGGAAUGAUGUGCCCACCUCCUCCGCCUAUGCCCGGUUUAAAAGGACCUCCACCUCCACCUAUGCCUGGAAUAGGAGGACCUCCACCACCACCUAUGCCAGGAAUGGGUCCUCUAUUACCACCGAUAAUGGGGGCAUUAUCUCCAUCGUCUCCAAUGAUACAAGUUUUGCCUCACGGAUUAAAACCGAAAAAGAAGUGGGAAGUAGAUGGACCAUUAAAAAGAGCAAAUUGGAAAGCGAUUUUACCUCACAGAAUGACAGAAAAGUCAUUCUGGACAAGAGUACAAGAAGACAAAUUAGCUAGUCCAGAAAUAUUGGAUGGUCUUGCACAGAAGUUCGCUUCCAAACCGAGCGGGAAAAAAAUAGACGAUGUAGUUGAUAAAUCAGCCUCAACGAAAAAAGUAAAGGAUCUCAAAGUUUUGGAUAAUAAGGCGGCUCAAAAUAUAUCAAUACUUCUCGGUGGAACACUAAAGCACAUGCCUUACGUGGAAGUAAAAAGAUGUUUAUUUCGAUGUGAAGGACCAGUUAUUUCUGAUAAUAUAUUACAAGGAUUAAUUCAAUACUUACCUCCGCCAGAUCAAUUGUCAAAAUUACAGAUGUACAAAGAUCAAUACGAUGACUUGACUGAAGCGGAACAAUUUUGUGUUACGAUAUCUACAAUAAAACGGUUAUUACCCAGAUUGAGAUCAUUAAGCUUUAUGUUGCGAUAUGAAGAGUUGAUACAGGAUAUAAAACCUGACAUAGUAGCUGCUACUGCAGCAUGCGAAGAAGUGAAAAGUAGCAAAAAGUUUGCACGAAUUCUCGAAUUAAUAUUGUUACUCGGAAACUAUAUGAAUUCCGGUUCCAAAAAUGGCCAAGCAUUCGGAUUCGAGAUUAGUUUUCUUACAAAGUUGACUAGUACUAAAGAUGUCGAUAACAAGCAAACUCUUAUGCAUUACUUGGUGGAUACGAUAGAAAGAAAGUUCCCAGAAUGUCUCAGCUUUAUUGAGGAAAUAGCACAUGUAGAUCGUGCCAGUAGAGUGUCUUUAGAAAAUGUUCAGAGAACAUUAUGUCAAAUGGAGACCAAUAUUCGUAAUCUCGAACAGGAUCUUACGAAUGCCAAAGUUCCACAGUGCGAUGAGGACUUAUUUAUAGAUGUUAUGAAACCAUUCGCUAAGAAAGCUAGAGAAUCUUACGAGGUUCUGCAAAAUAUGUUUAAAAAUAUGGACACUCUGUACACGGACAUUUCAGAAUUCUUCUCUUUCGAUAAGCAGAAGUACACUAUAGAGGAAUUCUUUGGCGAUAUCAAGACGUUCAAAGAUGAUUUCUUGCAAUCGCAGAAGGAGAUAAUAAAGCUGAAGGAGGGCGAGGAGAAACAGAGACGAACGAGAGAAGCGCGCGAAAAAGCAGAAGCAGAAAAGGCGGCACGAGCUGCGCGUAAACGCGCAUUAGUCGAUAUGAACGCACAUGAGACUCAGGAAGGUGUUAUGGAUAGUUUGAUGGAAGCGUUGCAGACUGGAUCGGCUUUCAGUAGGCCAGACCAACGACGCAAGCGACAAACCCGCGUAGCUGGUGCGGAAAGGAGAGCGCAACUAAAUAGGAGUCGAUCGCGUACUGGAUUAGUCGGAACUGGCUUGCUAGGGAGAGAACUUUCGACAGAGCUUUUAAGUUCGGCUUAAUCUAUUGGAAUACAUCCUAUUUCCGUCCUAAACUCAUUGCUGUGAUGAUUUUACACGCAUUGGAACAUUAAUGAGCAGGAGAACGUACGGUAUGGUAAAUCAAUAUCCAAGAGAGAGGAAGAAAAAGAAGAGCGACAUUCCACAUCAAUGAUCUUCCGAUGUAGAUCGAAUUUUUACUAUUUCGAAUUGAAUAACAGUCUUCCUUACAUAAGGUAUGGUCAAUAUGGUGCUACAAAUGCUUUAAAGUGUUUUUUAAUUAGUCAAAUUGUAAAAUUCUUUCUUCUGAUUGGUCCAUCAAAUGCUUCAAAGCAUUUGUAGCGGAACUUUGACUACAACCAUAGUUAAGAUAUUCGGUUUAUAGGUGUUUUUUACUUGUAUAAAUACAUAUGUGUGUAUACAGAUUUGUAUAACGAUAGUUGCAUUAAUGCUCGCUAGAGUAAGUGCGAGAAUUUGUUCCAUAGACGAUUACUUCGAGAUACUUCGAGACGACGCAAGAAGAAAUUCGUCACUAGCAAACACAUUUGUAAAUACGCAUAAGAUAAGUACUAGUGACGAAUUGACGAUUCGUAGAAGCUGCUCGUCAAUAUAGUUCGGCGCACACUCUUAUCACGCUCCAAGCAUGUUUACCAUCAUUUCUGUGAAUCAGGCGGCGGAUUUCGCAUUUAUUUAUGUACGUGGUUGUAAAUAUAUUUCAUCUCGAGAAUCAUAGAUACAUACGUAUAUGCUCGAAAUUAUUUCGAUUACAAGAUAUAUUUGUAAAAAUUACAUUUUGUGAACAAGUAAUUUUUUCGUUAAAAAUCGAUAAUGCAUUCCUUCGAUAUUCUUAACGAAGGAAAAUACCUCAUAUACUGUAUGGACAUUUUUAUACGACAAUAUUUUUAUGCGACGAGGAGAUUCGUAAAUAUCGCUUAUUUCUACGUUAUGUUAAUGUUAAGAUGAUACUAGUAAUCGUAAUGACUCUGUUGCCAGCUCGAUAAAACGACCGCAAAGCCUGCAUAACUUAACGUUUACAUCCGUUGCUCAUUUAAAUUUCAAUAAGAAUAUUUACAAUGUAAUCUGAAAUUCUAUUGUAGUAUAAAGAAAGAUUUGUAUAAAAUUGGCGCACAAUUUUUCGAUAUAUUUUUUAUAAUUAUGGUUUUACUUUGUCUAUCUUUUUAGAAAAAAGCACCUGUAUUCGCAUUUUUUUGUAACGGAAACAUUUUACUAUGUAACAGUAUUAAUCUAGGAAAAAUAACUGAAUUACUCUUAAGAGAAGUAACUUAUUCAACGCAAUGUUCGCGUUUUGUGAUAUACUUAACGAACCCGAAAACAAGCUCAUGACAGUCGAACAGUACUUUUAACGGUGGCUUGAUCGAAUGCCCGUAAAAGAAACUCAGAGUAAAAGAGAUAUAUGUAGAGAGAAGAUCUUAGAAAACGGAUACGUGGCGAUGUAAACACUGAAUGUAAUUUAACUUUUUCCAACGCUUGAUAAAUUAGCAGUAGAUAACACGCGAUGUCUAUAUAUUGGAUUGAGUAAAAAAUAACUUCGUAUUUUUAGAAUUGAAUGUCAUCUAUAAAUGCGAAGUUAUUUUUUA